UGGGAAUUUCCCAUCUUCCUAAAUACUCGGGAUAAUCGCAACACCUGGUGCAAGUUCUCCCCAGCCAGCGAUUGCAUGGUUUCGUCUACGUCGUUUCUUUGCCCCUUCAUGAUCUGUGAAGUGGUUUCACAGAGAAGCGAGUCCGAUCGAUUCCGCAUGCUAGUUCAAGGCAUCGCUCUUGCGCGGGUAGGACAAUGUUUUAUGCCAAGCGGAGAGAAAUUCUUCGUUGUGGCAAUUUAUCUCCGUGCAAAUUUGACUGCCGAAAGAUAUAUUGUUACCCAGCCUGGUGCAGAUAGAAAGGUAUUCAUUGUCCAGAAAAAUUUUGACCUUACAAAGGCCAAUGAGGCAGUCGCAUUCCUUCGUGAGAUGUACAACCUCGCGCAGGAGUUCGACGAUUUGGCAGGCAAAAUUGAUCCAAAGAACAAGACACGCCUUGGCAACAUCAAGAUUGCCGCUUCCAAGGUGAUUUCUCUUACGUCACAGGCUCAGCACAACAAAACGCCGAGAACGACAUUGGCCUCUGUCUUCGAAGAAAAUCGUGAAGCCAGUGGCGCUCAGGAUGAUCUCGGCGUCUUUGAUGCUGAUGGCAUUCAAGGUAUUUUGAAAAAGAUGGAUUACCAGAUCUCGUUCAUUGUAUUUGGGCAUCCGUUCCUCGCCUUGGUGUCAAAUAUCGAGAAUGAUUCUCAACAAGGAUAUCUCAAAUUCGUGAAAGAGGGGCAAAAGGAGGUCGAGAUCUUGCGAUACCUCACGGGAAUUGAAUCUCCCUCAAACUACACCAUCUCGCCAGUCCAAAUCUGGCCGGUGCAAGGGGGUAACGUCAUAUCAAUGCCUAUGGCUGGCGGCCACCUUACCAGUCUAUCCAACGCCGGCGCGCACCUAUGGCCUGUGGCCGAGCAGCUGUUCAAAGCUGUUGACUUCAUGCAUGAGCAUGGCGUGGCGCACCUGGAUCUGAAGCCUCCAAAUAUCCUCCUCCCCGCCGACGGUGGCCGCUUGUCUAUUAUCGACUUCAACAGAUCCGUACGCGUCAAAGGCACUGAAACAAUGUUCCGCGGCAUUGUUGGCACCACCGGAUAUCUUGCGCCUGAAGUCGCGGCUGGUCAAGGCCUCUACAGCGCGAUUCGUGCAGACUUGUGGUCCUGUGGAAAGACGCUGGAGGAGCUGUGCUCCCUGUGUAGUCCAUCCAGGGAUCGCAACGCGCUACUCGAAAUAGCUCGAGAGCUCAUGAAUGAAGAUCCGAGACAGCGACCGAUGAUGUCAGAUGUCUUGAACAGGCUGGCGUAUUACAAGGUUAAUGCCAAUACAGGACCAGGUUACUUCAGGUAA